CAUCCACAUAUUUCACACUUUUUUAAUUGAAAGAAUUUUUAUUGACUUGUACGUAUUCAACUGAGCGCAAUGCGCAACGUGUAGAACAAUAAAUUAUUUCACCAUUGCAGUGCUGUCUGGUCGUUGAAGCUGCAUGUAGUCGCUCAAAGUAUUGUGUGUAUGAAACACGCUGCUAAUUAUUUUCCAAACAUUUUUAGUGAAAUGCCCAGCACCGCUGAAGAACAGGGACUAUGUCAACCAAAGGUCUUGGAGAGUCACACCUGGCAAGCAUUACAUCGUGUUCAACCAUUCUGUUACCCACGAGAGGCACCCACCUUUGAAGAACUUUGUCAGGGCAGUUUCAUUUGUGACGGGAUUUGUCAUCAAACCUGCUGGUGAUGGCAGUUCAUUGAGUUAUGUUACGCAGUCUGAUCCCAAAGGUGUUAUUCCUAAGUGGAUAAUAAACUUUGCACUCUCCAAAGUAGCUCCUAUGCUGAUGGAAAGAUUACACGUUGCAUGUGUGCAGUACAAUGACUGGAAGGCAUCAAAUAAUCCUGGCUUCAAACCAUGGUUACACCCAGAGCAAAAUCUUCUUCCUUUAGUUAGUCCCCUACUGUACUCUGCUGUGCUUGUCUGAAGAAUGAUUAUUUUCUGUAUGCAAUGUUGAAAACAUUUGCAUGUGUCCACAGCAAAGUAUCGAGGUAGAAAGGCAAGGCAAAGCAAAGUCCACUACACCCAGGACAACUCUUCUCUUUCAAGGAAAAGAAGAUGAGCUGCCCGGGGUGGAAUUCGAACGAACGACAACCAAUGACACUCUGCUUUCUAGGCGAGCGCUCUACCAACUGCGCUACUCAGCUGGUGGCCCAGCACAUCGAUACAGCAUUUUAGGUGAUCACACAGAGUUGCCACUCCAGAAUGCAACAUCAUACUGGAGUUACUCUGAGACGCUGAAAUCACACCCCAGUUCUGCUGACAGCAAUCAGCACAGUAAAGAAAACGACCUAUGUGAGGAUAUGGAAGAACCACAGUCAUUCUAUAGAGAUGAAGAUCUUAAUACAGACAAAAAUGAAUUAGCUACUAGCUAGCUAGAAUUAAAAACUUAAUAUUUAUUCUACUUUGUGCACAAUUAUUUUUAACUGCUAGAGCAAAGCGAGCCCUACAGUUCUUAACACCAAAAGCACUUUUAUAAGUUGCAUUAACA